CAUAGCUAGUUGCCUUUGUCUCCUUCUAUGUCUUCUCGGAAGGAAGGUGGGCCCAGCCGGAGCCGCGACCUGCGGUCACACUCUCAGAUAGAGAGCCCGCUAUGCCAUUUCUUCAAAAUAGUCUUCCCUAGCACACUGAAAGACAAGAAGCUGAGAAUUCCAAGGAAGUUUGUGGAGAAAUUUGGGGAAGGGCUCUCUGAUAUUGCUAAAGUUGCUGUCCCCAAUGGCAAUGAAUGGCAAGUAGGAAUAACAAAAGAGCAUAACAACAUUUGGUUUGAUGAGGGUUGGCAAGAGUUUGUGGAGCAUCAUUCUAUUGGUUCUGGUUACCUUGUAGUCUUUCGAUAUAGAGGCGACUCCAAUUUCAGUGUUCUUAUAUUUGAUAUGACUGCUUGUGAAAUUCAGUAUCGACGUAUGAGACCAACUGGAGGUGAGGGGAUGAAUGAUGCUGAAAAAUGCUCAUUCUAUGAUGAAGAUGAAAUGAAAGAUGAAGGCUCUGUUGAAAGCUUGGAUACCCAUUAUUGUCGUGCUCUGAAAAGUAGAGUUUUCAAUCUAAAUGCUAGAGAGGGGGGUUCAAGCAAAGGGCACGGUCCAUCAUCAGAGACAGCUGUAAAGAAAGAGUAUCUUGAGAUGACCGAUAUAGAUAAUACUAGUGAAUCAAGAAGAGGGACGUCAUUGAAGAAACAUAGAAUGUCUGGCCCCCAUGGAGAAACCAAAGCCAAGAAAAGCAAAUCAAAAUCUAAACUUGGUGAAAACGAGUUGUUGCCAGAAUGCGAAGCUAUAGAAUUUGCUCCUCGUGGGUUUGCGAAGGCAUCGGAAAAAAGCAAGAGGGCAAUUCAUGCUGCCAGAAUGUUCAAGCCUAAAAGUCCAUCUUUCAUGGUUAUAUUGCGGCGAUAUAAUUUCUAUAACCAUUUUUUGUACGUGCCACUUGAAUUUGCUCAAAGACAUAUGAGCGAUGCUCCUCGGUGUAUUAAACUUCAAGUUUCUGACGGAAGAGAGUGGCCUAUACAAAUCAAUAGAAACCAAUGUCGCUAUUUGAGUAUCUCAAAAGGAUGGAAUGAAUUUUCCCAGGAAAAUAAUCUGAAGGAAGGAGAUGUAUGUGUCUUUGAGCUAAUCAACAAGGAGAAAUUCGUGCUGAAAGUCGCUAUUUUUCAUGAACUUGAAGACAGCGUGCCUUUGGAUUAAAUUGAGGGUAAGAGCACCUGUAAGUAAUCCUUUGAUAUUGGCACCUAAUUCCUGUUUGGUAUAUUGUUUACUGAUACAGUUUAUUUCAAAUGAGCACAGAUCAAGGUUUGAUUAGUUAGUUUGUCAGAGGGCAGCUUACUGAAUGGCAUUUUGUUUAGUAUUUCAACUAGUCGGAACUAUAGCUAUAAGCAACUAGUUUUCUGGUUUCUAUACUUUCAUAUCUAUGCAGUUGAAGGCACACAACAGCAGGAAAUGGAAGCGAAACCUGACGAGCACAGAAUCAACAAAUUCUGUUCUUUGAAUUUCUUUUUGUGUUUUGUAAUGUAUAAAUGUAGAUCAUAACCUUGUGUAAAGUUCGCUUGCUAAACGAACUCGCUCUGCUGAUGUAUAAUAUUCUGCAGUUUGUUCCUU